AUGACUUUUCUUAAGCAUAUCAUAUAUGAAGAGCAUAUAGUUGUAUUUCUUGACAAGAUUGCUGACGUCAUUGGAAGAUAUCAGCAAAGUCAACCUGAUUUUGUCCAAUACUUUGAGACCAACUGGUGUACCAUGACUAAGUACUGUGUUUGGAGUAGAGCUUUUCAUCAGCUUGAAUUCUCUCACAUGCCAACAAACAGCUAUAUCAAGUCUUGGCACAACCAGCUAAAAACUCAUUUUUUAGGCCGCAAGUUCUACUUCAAAGAGGAGAGCAUCAGAGUCAAUAUGUGCAGUAGCCCAAUGACAGCUGCCCAAAGACAACAAAGGAAGAUAGAGAUGUCUGCUGAAGCUGUUCCAGCAUACAUGCAUGCUAAUAUGAUUGUUAGCCUAUCAAAAGCAAUGUCUCUGAACGUCACUCUUGAUGACACUAAUAAUAUUCUUGAAGAUGGGGUUUGGUUCAUCGACUCGUUUACUGAAGAUGAUAUUAUCUAUCAAGUUGAAGUUAAUAACAAUGUUCUUCUUUUUUGUAUGUGUUAUUUUUGGGCUAGGUACAUGAAGCCUUGUAAGCAUAUGCAUUUGCUCCGUAUUCAUAUGUCAGGAUUUGCUUUCUUGUCUGUGCCUCCUGCAAAUAAUGUGCUGUCAAUCACAAUUUCUGGUGAGCAGUUCGUUAAGGACAGCACUAUGUCAAUUGAUGGCACAACAGAGAGCACUAGGCGUGGGUAUGACAUAGAGGCAUUUGAGUAUGCAAAGAAUUGUUUGUUAACAGCUAGACAUAAUGAGCAAGAUUUGUAUCAACUGAUACAGUAUGCUACAGAAGAGGAAGCAGAGGUUAUCAGAGCAGCAUAUGCUGCUCCCAUAAAGGCUUUUCAAGAAAUCAAAGCUAAAUAUGAAGCUCAUUUUAAAACUUUAAAUACACAACAAAAUGCAAAGGUUCAUGUCCUCGUGAUAACUAGUGAUAUUCCAGCAGUGACAAAGCUGACAUGUCAUGCUUGCCAUAUAAGCAAAAGUGACUGUCAAAUCUGUAAUGUUGUGGGCCAAACUUCUGGCUGUGACCAAUAUUUUAGAUCUUUGCCAGACACCACUAUGUGCACUUUGGAAAGCUUCCAAUACUUUGAUCCAGCAAGUUCGUUUAGCAAGGGUCUUGUAGAACAAUCUUCUCUUUCUUCACUGACAUCAUUCAUGAGCCCACUCUUUUUUACCCUUGACAAGAUGUAUGGCCUUUGUCAUAGAAUAGACAAACAGGUCUGGGGACUUAUUAGUGAAAAGUAUGGAAUCAAACACUCUCUGUUUCUUCUUGCCAAUAUACUCAAAGAAAUUGAUAUGGUAAUGGCAGCAACAAGAACAAUAUUUUCAAUGGCAUUUCAUGGCUCUUCAAGAAACAUAUCCAAGUACAGUGGAUACUUUAAGGCUGUAAAUUAG